AUGGGACAGAACAGUACAGGGAAAGAACUGCUAGGACAGCCGGCAUUUACUAAGUCAUCUAAAGAAGAAUUUGAAGACAGACAUUUCACAAAGAGGGAACAGGAUGACUUAAAAUCAUCCUCCAAACUAUCUGAUGCGGAUGAAGAUGUUUAUGAGACAGUAAGUUCUUCCACUCUGGAGGCUGCCCAAGAUUUGAGAAUCCUUCCUCCCAAACCUCAACAGGAUUCCGUAUAUGCAGAUAAACACUGUCUGAAGACAUCAGGUACUACCCACACAAGCAGUAACCCACCUCAGCCCCCUCAGUACUUGCCUUUCUCCCUUUGCUCUUCCAGGCCUCUGAAGACACUGCCAAAACAGUAUCAUCCACUUCCUCCAGCACCGAAGAUAAGCAGCCAUGUCCUCCACACCAGGGAAACACCCAGCCAGUCUCAUGCUUUUCCAGUAUCAGCAAAGCCCACAAGGCAUCCAUCUUUUAGAGACCUGAAUGAAGCAUCUGGACACGAUAAAGAUACAAGGAAGAAACUUGAAUUGAUUGUACAAGAACAACAGUAUAAAGCAAAGCAUAUUCCUGAAGCCAGCUUUCAAUAUACGCAGAACUCCAAAAACAUUUGCAGCUCAGGAUCCACGGUAAAUGCAGACAAUGCGUCAGUCAAGAGGUCACCACCUCCCAUACACUAUACAACAUGUGAAAAUAAACCAAAACAUUCACUUGUAAAAGAGGAAAUGGAAUAUAUUGCCCAACCCAUGGAAAAGGACUUACAUAAAUAUGAAUGGUACAUGGGAGAAUACAAUCGCCAUGAAGCAGAGGCAGCGCUCCUGGAGGAGAACACUGAUGAGACUUUCCUGGUUAGAGAUUGUUCAAAGAAAUCAAACUCCGAACCAUACGUUUUGGUUGUCUAUUAUGGAAGACGAGUUUACAACAUUAAAGUACGUUUUCUGGAAGAUAGUCAACAGUAUGCACUGGGAACUGGGCUCAGAGGAGACGAUAAAUUUAAUUCUGUGAAAGAUAUAAUUGACUUCUACAAAUAUGUUCCCAUCACACUCAUUGAUGGAAAGGAUAAAACAGGAAUCCAGAGAGUACAAUGCUACCUUACACAUCCAUUAAAGCUGCAAAAGACGUCUCUUACCUUAACAUCACCAACUUUUGAAUAAAUAUAAAUAGAACAAUUAUUUAAAUGCGUAAAAAGCCAGGUUAACCUUUGAGUGAUCAGCUCUCCAUAUUAUGAAGAAUUCUGUAUGUUCUACUAAAAAUCUUCUCUCCAACUUGGAUUAUAGAUCCAUUUUUUAAUUCUUGCAUACGUUUUUAUCUAGGAGAUGUAACAAAACUGAGGACAUAGGUAAAGUACAGUAAAGUAUAUGUCAUUGUAUUAACUCACAUAAAAGCAUUAAGAGACUGACUCCUGAUACUCUGACAAUGGCUGAGCAAUUUGCUUAUCUUGCUUUGUACCUAACAGAAGAUGAAAAUCAAAUUCAGUCUUGCUUACCUGAAUGUCAUUGAAGCUCAUUCAGUAGCAAAACCUAAUAAAACAUUCUGUAUCAAAAAAAUUUAUUCUUUCCUUUAAAAGUACACAUAAAACACUAUUUGAGUAUUCACUGUUUAACACUUUAAUUGUGUGUGUGUGUGUACCUGCACAAUAAAAAUCCCUGCUUGGCAGCCACUGAAAUCAAUGGGUGUCAGUCAAUGCUCCUACGUAUUGGACCAAAUCCUAAGUACACCUUUAAUGACAAAAGGUCUAUUGCUUAACAUAUAACUUUUAGCUUAAGCAGCAACUACUUGCAUUCCACAUUUGAAUGCUCAAACACACACACAUUAGGACCAUUACAGAAACAGCCCCUUCGAAGUCUUACCACAUGCAAGGAUAUAGAUAAAAAUCAGCAGAAACAGUAGAAAAGUUUCUAACUUACCUUAAAAUGUUCCAGAGUGUAUCAACGCAGAUGAAAUGGUGAAGUAUUUUUCCAGCAAAAAACGUGAUAUCUAUUCAUACAAUUUAAGUUUUGGAAAGUUUCACCAUAAAUGUAAAAGGAAAGUACGGACUGUAAGCAUCAAUGAGCAUCUUUUCUCACUUUGACUGAGUAACUGGAAGAAUUAAAACAUUUAAGCCCAGACCAUGAGAUUCCAACCCAAUUUAUGAUGUACUGUGCUGUGCAAUGGCACAAACUAGCACCGAACUAAUUUGAGCAGUUGGUUGUUGACUUCCUUGCAACCUUUUCAUUUCUCCACGCUGUAUCAUAACACAAAAGAACGUUCAUUGUAAUUACUUCUCUCAAACCACUGAGACUCUCAAACUUGGAGGAAACUAUUUUGACAUGACACUAUCUAAUCACCGGAGUUCUGCUGAGUUUGGCAGAACUCAAAAAGGAAACGAGGCAUGACAUAAUCUGCUUUCAGGCUUUUAUAGUCACCAUACAAUUUAACUUACGAAAGGAUUUUACAUUAAAAGAAAAAUAUUUUUUUCUAAGUUAAACCCACAAUAAAAAAAAACAGCUUAACAAUUCAGACAGCAGACGAUGUCAGAGACACACAAAGCUUUGUAGAUGCUCACCAGAACAGUAAACUUGCUUACUAAAGACACGCAUUAUUAGUAUACUU